CACCCGCUCUUUAAAUCAAGGCGGAUAAUUUUAGUGUUUUUUUCAAAGUGAAACUGAAAAUAAACAUUCAAGCGCCACCAGGCGACUGAAAGAGUUAGAGGAGAUGCCAGCCACAUAGUGGGAAGGACUGAGAACAUUCAAUGUUUUGAUACCAAGAGUUGGACAAGACACUGACUUUUUCUAUGUGGCAUCCUUUGGAGACGAGAACAAAUCUGGAACUCAGUUGAAUGUCUCACUUGAAGGGUGGUUCCUCAAGCAGUGACACAUUUCUUUGAUGGAGCUCUGGAGUGUCCAUCUAGAUUUUUGCCUUUGGAAUCGGAAAUGAAACUCAACCUUCUGACUGAGGACAUCGAACCAAGUGCUAGACUGACUGGCAGAUGAGCCAUGGCUGCUGUGACUGAAAAUAAUUGGUUGAGAUUAUUUUAAAAUUCUGUAUUGUUAAAACAUUGUUCCACUCUGUAAUAUUUGAAAGCAGAAAGGAAAUUAUAUUCUGAGAAAAAUGUCUUCUAAAAUACAGAUCAUUGUGUUAAGACAAAAACUGGACUAGCCAAUAUCACUUCUAAGGGUGGAAAAGACUGAAUAGAACUGUUUCAGGACCAGUCUGGAAAAGCUGUUAAAGACAUUAUUAUAGCUUCUAAGCUCUUUCAUAACCUAGUGUAGGUACUUUGAAUCUAACUUUUAGCUUGAUAUAUCAUUAACAUUAAAUGUAAACCUGAUAUAUUUUAAUGGAAAACCUUUAUCCAUUAGGGAUGGAGCUGAUCCUAAAACUAGCAUAUUGUGAUGAAGAAAUAUUAGAUGAUCUGACCUUUGGUGGAGGCCAUUAUAUUAAUGAACACUGCAAGUAAAAGUACAAACACUGAGAUCAAUAAUAUAGAUACAAUAAUAUUGAUGUGGGGAAACACAUCUUUGAAAGUGGUAUUAUAGAUACCAAGUAUGCCAACAGUUUCAGUUAAUCAAGAUCAUUUCAUGCACAUAACACUUGCAGUUUAAGACUCUUAUCUUUUUCUCCAAUCUAAAAAUGGAGAAUGCAUUUCCAAAAAUACAAGUGUGUCCAUUUUGUGGUAAACCUUUUAAGCGGCUAAAAACUCAUCUUCCUCACUGUAAAAUGAUCAGAAACAUGAAAAAUAAAUCAAAUUCUAAAAAAGUUGAAAUGCCAAUUGAAAUUGAACAGCCAAAAUUAAGUAAGAAAUUAGUAGGAACUCCAGCUCUGCCUAACACAAAAAAAGUUAAACCAAAAGCAUUAAUGCAGAAAGCAAAAACAGGAUCAACAAACCAAUGGAAUAAUUUAAGUGUUGGGAAUGAAUCAUGUGCUCAUGAACAAACUGUUUGGAAUAAGGAUAUGGAUGUAACACAGUUAAAUCCAGGAGAAUUGAACAACAGGGAACCAAUGGGAAAAAAAUAUCAACGAUCAGCUGGUUGGCCAGAAGAAACAAAAAGCAAAACAGAGUCAAGUGAAUAUUCUUUAAAACAAGAGCAAGACAAAAUGGAUGUUAAAAAAGCAAUGACGAGAAAAAAAAUGAAAAGUGUCAAUAGACUCACAAAUAGUAACUUUGUCAAGGAAGUACAAGGAAAUAUUGAGGAUUGUUCACAAAGUGAAUUUGGAAGUGCAGAAAAGACCCUUUUUCCAAAACUGAAGCCAAUUGUGAAGGAAACAGCCGUGUGGGACUUGCAGAACCAUCUCAUGGUACCUCAGUCAUCUACUGCUGUCAGAUCAAAUUCACUUAAGUCCAUAAGACGAGGGACUGUGGUUCCUGAGGUAAACAUAACAUGUGAUAUUAACCAGAAUGAAGCCACAGAAGGAAUAAUACGUGAAAAACAUUCAAUGAACAGCAUCAAAACUAGUGUGUGGCAUCACAUAAAAGACAAUUUCUGCAGAACAUCAAGGAUUGAAACAAACCAGAAUUAUAUUUUAAAAGUAAACACAAGUGUGAACAGACAUGUCUGUAGGGGUGGCACUUUAGAAGCUAGUCAUGGUGUUGCAACCUGGGAAUCAUCCUCUGACAAUCAAAGAUGCAAUACAAUUUCUACUUCUAUGAGAAUGAAGGACUUAAAUGAAUAUGAAGGAAACCCAUAUAUUUAUUAUGAGGCUUUGAAGAAAACUGAACCUUGGAACUUGAAGGGAUAUAGUUUUGCACAGUCAGAAUUUCUAUACUUGUCACAACAAAUAAAAUGUUGGAACAAGAACAUGCUUUUGUCUAUGAGCUCCACAAAGAAAGAAUAUAUGGAUGAAAAGAUUCUAAAGCCUAACCCCAGUGAUUGGAAGAAAACCAGAAUAGGAAUGGAAUGGUUUCCCGAUCUGUAUCCAGGAUACCAUAGCAUUGGAUUGAGCAUGCUUCCUAAGCAAACUAAACAUUUGGAAACACCUGUAAGGCUAACUGCUUCUCAGAGUGAAAAUGUAAAAGGUUACAGUAAAUAUUACAAUAAGUACAUUAAAAUGAGAGGAGCCAGAAGUGUGAUCACCUUACUGGUGGGAUACAUGACAUUCAGCUACAUCUGGAAUUAUGAAUCUGUCAGUCAUGAAUACUGGAGAAAGGAGCAUUGAAGACUCAGACAAUCAAUUUCCUGCUUCUGACAGAUAUGUCAGAAACAAUGAGGAAUAACUUCAAAAACAAAUACAAGUAUUUUGCAAUGAAUUUUAAUUAAUGUUCCUUUCACUGUGUAGAGUGAACAAGAAAAACAUUGUUUCAGGAUGAAGGUAAUUUCUGAAGGGUAAAACCGAAACUGUGUAAUAAAAGAUUUUAAUUGUAAAUGUUACAUUUUGUGCAAGUUCCAUUGUAGAUUGCGAUUUUGGUUGUACAUAUAAAGUAAUUUGAAAUGCAUUUAUCUUUCCUGCAGCCAAGAACCUUUUAAAAUAUUACUUAAAAAUAAAUACAUUGUUGAAUAAAAGUGUCAACUAGAGAAAUGGCAGCAAGUAUCUUCAAAGUUUUUUAGGUUUCAACAACCCAUCACUAUCUUGUUCAAAUUCUCUACUUUGACUGGGAAAAUUCUGUAUUUUGUAGGUAGUAGGAAAUUUGCAUAACAGUGAAAAGGUUUAAAAUUGUUUCUGAAGCACUUUGGAGAUGAUUUAGUUUUGAAACAUACUGGGGAAAAUUGUCUGUACUUUUAUCAAAUGUAUACCAGGAGGUUGACGAAGUUAAAGUGAAGUAAUUAAACUGUUUGCUUAUGGAAUUUGACAUUUCUCUUGGGAUUUUUUCUGCUAUACCAUUAUGUUGGAAUUGCCUUUUAUUUUCAGACAUUGAAAAGUCAGGUUUUUGACACUGUUUUGGUGUAAUGAUGGGUGUUGUAAUUGGAAUUGGACAUAGAAAAAUACUAUCAAAAUAUACCUGGCAUAGAUUUAUCAUGGACCAGAUUGAAGAUCUGUAUCAGUGAUUUAAAACAAACUAAGGACAUUUAAUCAGACACAGAUUACAGUGUACUAGAUAAUUGUUCCCUUCUGAAUCCUACAGGUACUGUCAGUGCCAGUUGAUAUGAAAAGUGGAGGUACUAAUUCAAAACUACUUUUAAUGAAAAUCAAAAUACAAGAUGCUGAAGGUCUUAGAUAAAAACAGAAAAUUCUGGAAAUACUCAGCAGGUCAGCAGCACCUUUGGAAAGAGAAACUGAGUUAAUGUUUCAGGCCCCUCUGUCAGAAUUUGCAUUAACUCUGUAUGUUUUCCACAGAUGCUACCUGACCUAUUUAAUGUUUCUGGCAUUGUUUUUAUUUCAAAAACCUUUAAGCUUGCUUGGCUAACUUAAUGGAUUUUAUUGUUUUCUUAAAUUUAUAUUGCACUAAGUUUCCCAACAUAUGCUAAAGUCCCCCAAAUUGCUAAAUCUGUGAUGCACCUUUUUAUCAUUGAUGCAUCAGUUUUCAUUGAGGCGUCAGCAGUAGAAAUGGUGAGCAGCUUCAAGUUCCUGGGCAUCAACAUCUCAGAGGGUCUAUCUUGGGCCAACACGUUGAUGCAAUCACAAAG